AUGGAUCCCAAUAGUAAUAAAGCAAAUGCAGCUUCUCCUCCACAACAACAACAAAGACGUUCACUCGUCGAAGGAAUGGCACGUACAGCACCAACGUGUGCUGCUGUUGUCCAAGCAAUAGGUUUUGUUCGUCAGAACGAUACAACUAGUCAAAUUCUUACAUUAUCAUCAUUAAAUAUGACAGAACCAAAACGUACGCCAUCUGAACCGAAACGUACACCAUCGGAACCUAAUCCGAUAGUACGAAGAGAAUCAACUCCAUUUGUUGAAAGACCACAAGGUAUUGAACGACGUGGUGCUCUACGACAAAAAAAUAUUUUUACCGUUAAAAAUCAUCAAUUUAUUCCAAGAUUUUUUAAAACACCAACAUUUUGUUCUCAUUGUCGAGAUUUUAUAUGGGGUUUUGGUAAACAGGGAUUUCAAUGUCAAAUUUGUUCACUUGUUGUUCACAAGCGUUGUCAUGAAUUUAUUAGUUUUGCUUGUCCUGGUGUUGAUAGAGGAGCGGAUUCGGAUGCUCCACGAAAUAAUCAUAAAUUUCAAGUACAUACGUAUACUUCACCAACAUUCUGUGAUCAUUGUGGAUCUCUUUUAUAUGGCAUCAUACAUCAAGGUCUUAAAUGUCAAUGCUGUGAUAUGAAUGUUCAUAAGAAUUGUCAAACAUUUGUACCAGAGUUAUGUGGUCUUGAUCAUACAGAACGUCGAGGUCGAUUACGUAUUAGUGUGAAACAUGAACAAGGAAAUAAAUUACGAAUUGAAAUAGCUGAAGCGAGAAAUUUAAUUCCAAUGGAUCCAAAUGGUUUAAGUGAUCCUUAUGUUAAAAUUAAAUUAAUACCAACUACACCAGGUGUAAAUAUAAGACAAAUACGAAGUAUAUAUAAAACAAAACGAAUAUGUGAAACAUUAAAUCCUAUAUGGAAUGAUACAUUUACUAUUGAUUUAACUGAUGAUGAUAAAGAUAAACGAUUAUUGAUUGCUGUUUGGGAUUGGGAUCGAACAUCGAGAAAUGAUUUUAUGGGUUCACUUUCAUUUGGUGUUGCGGAGUUAUUGAGAGAAUCAGUUGAAGGUUGGUUUAAAUUAUUAAGUCAAGAAGAAGGAUAUUUUUAUGCUGUACCAGUAACGAGUGAAGAAGAUUUUCUCAGAAUGAAAUCAUCUAUUGAAACUCGUAUAUCAACACAAACUUUACCAACAGGAUUGGAUAAUUUAGCAAUAGCUGGUGGUAAAGAAUCAGUAAUACGUUCAUCAUCGAAUACAGAAUCAAUUAAAGAAACAGAUUUUCAUUUCAUCAAAGUACUUGGUAAAGGUUCAUUUGGUAAAGUCGUGCUUGCUGAACGCAAAGGAGUAAUAGAUGAAUUAUAUGCAAUAAAAAUAUUAAAAAAAGAUAUUAUCGUACAAGAUGAUGAUGUCGAAUGUGUUUUAAUUGAAAAACGUGUUUUAUUAUUACAUGAUAAACCAAGAUUUCUUGUUCAACUUCAUUCUUGUUUUCAAUCAGAAGAUCGAUUAUUUUUUGUUAUGGAAUUUGUUAAUGGUGGUGAUCUGAUGUAUCGUAUACAACAUGAAGGAAAAUUUAAAGAACCAGUUGCUUGUUUUUAUGCAGCUGAAAUUGCAAUUGGUCUAUUUUAUUUACAUAGUAAAGGAAUUAUUUAUAGAGAUUUAAAAUUAGAUAAUGUUCUAUUGGAUAAAGAAGGACAUAUUAAAAUAGCUGAUUUUGGAAUGUGUAAAGAUGGAAUUAUUAAUGAAGUUAAAACAUCAACUUUUUGUGGAACACCAGAUUAUAUUGCUCCCGAAAUUAUUUUAUAUCAAAAAUAUGGUAAAAGUGUUGAUUGGUGGGCUUAUGGUGUAUUACUUUUUGAAAUGCUUGCUGGACAACCACCAUUUGAUGGUGAAGAUGAAGACGAACUUUUUAAUGCUAUUACAGAUCGUAGUGUAUCCUAUCCAAAAUCAAUGUCAUUCGAAGCUACAAAUUUUUGUAAAGGGUUAAUGACAAAAAAUCCUCAGAAACGUCUUGGGUGUCAUGCAGCAAAUGGUGAACGUGAAAUAAAGGAGCAUACAUUUUUUCGUCGUAUUGAUUGGCAAAAAAUAGAAGCACGUGAAGUACAACCACCCUUCAAACCAAAAAUAAAAGAUGCUCGUCAAGCGGAAAAUUUCGAUAAAAGCUUUACAAAUUGUCCGUUUAAAAAAACAGCAUGUGAUAAACUUGUUCUUGAUUCAAUUGAUAAAGAUACUUUUCAACAUUUUUCUUGUUAUAAUCCACAUUUUAUUAGAUAA